UACACAGUAAAGAUAAAGAUAACAGUAAGUUCUGAUAACAGGUAGAGAUGGCGCUAAUGAGAACUCUGAGCGCUUGUGUGUCUGUAGCGGAGAAAGCAGGAGUAGUGCUUAGAGACAUCAUGGCUUCAGGUAAUCUAGGUAUAGUAGAUAAGGGAGGUAUUAACAAUCUGCAGACCUUGGCAGAUAAGAAGGCUCAGCUCCUGAUCGUUACUAGUCUUAUGAAACACUCCCCUAAGGCUACUAUAAUAGGAGAAGAGGACGAUAUAGACUACGAUACAGACGAGGCGAGGAGUCUGAUCACCAUGGAUACCAGCAGUGAAGUUAUGGAACACUCCUGUCCUGAUAAACUAGCCGGUAUUAAUGAGGAGGAUCUUGUUAUUUGGGUAGACCCACUAGACGGCACUAAGGAGUAUGUUGAGGGAAGGAAGCAGGAUGUUACAGUGCUGAUAGGGAUAGCUGCUCACGGGGAGGCGGUAGCUGGAGUUAUCUACCAGCCCUGGUAUGAAGUGGAGGGUAAAGAAACAGGACGCACGUUGUGGGGCGUGGUUGGUUUAGGAGCAUUUGGUUUCAAGAGAGUUCCAGUACCGGAGGGACGUAAGAUAAUAACAACUACACGCAGUCACAUGCAGAAAUCAGUGCAGGAUGCAAUAGACAGCUGUAAGCCCGACAAGCUGAUACAGAUAGGGGGGGCGGGUAGCAAGUGUAUUCUCGUUAUUGAGGGGACUGCUGACGCGUACCUCUUCGCUUCACCUGGAACUAAGAAGUGGGACACCUGCGCUGGUGACGCUAUAAUAAAGUCUCUGGGCGGUAAAAUGACGGACGUGUUUGGUAAAGAUCUUCUCUACCACGCAGAUGUGCCGUAUCCCAACAAGACGGGAGUACUUGCCACAAUGAGGGACUUUGACUUUUAUCUCUCCAAAAUACCAGCUAAUAUCAUGGACAGAUAAACUGUUGCACGUGUGUCUGGUGCUGGUUGCCGGGCAACAGCACGUGUGUCUGGUGCUGGUUACCGGGCAACAGCACGUGUGUCUGGUGCUGGUUGCCGGGCAACAGUCUGGUGCUGGUUGCCGGGC